CCGCUGAGAGGGCAGAGAGGCUCCUGUAGCUUCUGUGGAUUUGCCGUGACGCUCUCGUGUGAUGUUUGUGUUUUCAGUGGGGUGAAGAAGAAUCGAGGUGUCCACACAAAAGAAACAACUGUCCGAAGGUACUCUUCAAGACAGAGAGGCACUAUGGAUGAAGAGGAACAGUUUGUGAACAUUGAUCUCAAUGAUGACAAUAUCUGCAGUGUCUGCAAGUUAGAGACAGAAACAGGGACCUUGUCUUUCUGCCAUGUCUGCUUUGAACUCAGUAUUGAAGGUGUCUCCUCUGCUACCUUGUUGCACUCAAAGUCCCUGCGUGGCCACAGAGACUGCUUUGAGAAAUGUCACCUCAUUGCCAACCAGAAGUUGUCACGUUCCAAGGUCUCCCGAAGUGCCUACGAGGGCAUGAAGCUGGCCCUCAGCCAGAAACUGAACCGCAUCAUCCAGUAUGCCCAGAACAAAGACUCAGUUUCCUCCAAUGGCCCCACCAGGCGGGGGGCCAAGCUUCUUUGUUAUAGCCAGCAGAGUGACCGCAAGCUGCUGCCCCAGUCAGAUGCCCAGGUGCCCCGCUAUACGCCCCGCUGGGACACUGGCAAAGCAACAGGGCUGCCUGAUUAUACGAUGGGGCUGCUGGAAUGCCACACAGCAGAGGAGCUGGGGCUGCUGCAGGAGUCACAGUCUGACGUUUGGUCCAGUGACGGCAGGAAAGGUGUACACAGCCGGAACCAGUCGUCAGGGGGAGGACAGACACAGCACAGACAACAGGGCCACAGCAGAGAUGAAUUGACUAAAAUGAGUAUGGAUGAGCUCCAUCAGCUGAAUGGACAGCUACUGAUGCAGAUUCAACAGGUCUUUGAGGAGCUGACGGUUGCCGUGCAGGAGAAAGACUCGUUGGCGUCAGAGCUGCACGUGCGUAACAUUGCCAUCGAGCAGCUCUUUAAAAACUGUGCCAAGCUGCCCUGGCUGCACAUUAGCAGGGCCGGGGUCAAGGCCAGCAGCAGUGGUGGCCCUGUGGAGUGACAUGCUGGCAGGAAGGCGGGCUUUCUGUCUCCUGCUGGGAAGAAGUUAAUGAACACUUCAGCGUGCAGAAUGCAGCAAGGUUGAAAAACGCUGUUACAAAUACUGAGUGACUUUUACAUCACUAUGAUGACAUUCGGUCGUUGGUUUGUUAGCUCUGCAUUAAAGCAACAUUAAGGGCUUGGAUGAUAUGCUCUUCGCGGUUGCAGUGAUGGUGCAAGGAUUAAUAGUGUUUUACAAAAUGUAUUGCUGAUCAGGCCUGUGAGUUCCACCCACAUCAAGUAACCAGGAUGCAUGUUAAUACCAGGUCCGCUGGGUCACAUAAGGUCCUGCCUUUUUUUUGUUUACCUUAUUGCAGACCAAAAACAGCUUGCAGAAUUUUACAUUUACUUGCUGUUGGUUUUAUUUUCUUUGUUUUAUUUUGCAUUUCAGUUUUCAGUGUUUCAUUUUUUGUAGAUAUAUUUUUUUCCCUUCAGUUUAUGUCGGACGUGGAUAUUCAAAUGUGGGUUUUUGCACUGCUCAGUACUCUUCCAUUUGUCUUCUGAGGGUUUUUUGUUGAAAUUCAUGAGCUGCAGUAUUUUACAAGGAUGUAAAUGGACACUGUUCCUCGGUAUACCAUCAGUCACUGCCAGCAAUAGUGUGUGAUUGGUGUUGCUUUCAUUUGACACAAUGGUUUAUGAAGACUCAUCUUUGUAAAUCAUUUAGUUUCAACACUCGUCGGCUACAACUUUUGGGAAAUUGUAAACAAUACUACCAAAUUUGGGCUGCAUGUAUUUAGAGUAAGACAUUAUAAAAAUAGUUUCAGUUACAGGUCAAUUCUAGUACAAGUACAAGAUAACACCCAAAAGUACCUCAAAGAACCAUUGCAACAAAGACACAUAAAAACAUCUGAGAUUUUUGAGAGUAAAGGUGUCAAAGUAAAAGACAACAUACUAGCUGUGCAGGUUUUUAUUUGUACAGCUGAUGAGUAUUUUGGGAGUGUCCUGGUUUGGUAAGCAGAUAAUAUACCCUCUCCAUGGCUUAAAGUGGUAGGUAUUUUUAAUAUUCAGCUUCUGGGUUUAUAGUAACUAUUAUUGCUGGUGAGAUUUACUUGAUAUUUAGUACAAAGCUGUUUGUUGUCUGUUGUAUAGCUGUCAAGCACAUUUUACAAGAAUGGCUAUACACUGAAUGAGCACUAUCGGAAGAGAAAAAAAUGAACUAUUGAAAAAGAAAUCAAGCUGCCAAACCAAAGUCUGUUCUGUGUUUCAUAUGCGAACUACAAGCAUUUGACUUAGAUUUCAUUCCCAUGUAAAGAUGCAAUACCAACAGAUUUUAAAAUGUGUGUGGCUUAUACUGAACUGUAGAUUUUUACUCUGAAGGUGUUGAAAUGAUUUGUUCUCAAGUACACACAGUGCAUGCUUUAUGAUUAGUUUUAUUUAUCUUUCACGUUCAGUGUUACAUUUGUUGCCCUCUCUACUGUACUGAUGUGUGAGAGCUAAGUUGAUGUCAUAGCAAUACAAACAGGAUAGUUUGGUCUAUUGUGCCUCUGGAGGUCCUUGAUUUUGAACAAAGGGAGACAAAGAAAGAUAAAAAUGGUAUUAACAUUCUGCAGCUUUGGUUAGUGUAUUAUAUUCAGGAACCCUAUGCAAGAAAAAUAAAAAUAAAUCAGAAGCCUUACUAAGCAGAAAAUAUCUAUUGAAUAUUGUUAUCUGAGUUUUUUUCAGAGGAAAUCACAGAACUACUCAAGUAUAGUAAGCUGGGGAAGACAAGGUUCUAAUCAGACUGAUGUUUAGAAAAACUCAGCAUUGUUAGUGUCUAUUUUGCUCUCUUUGUAAGAGAUUAGAUGUAUUUGGCCCUUUAUAGGGUUUAAAGAGAGGUUUUAGCUCCAUUUUAAACUUUUAUCUUGGUUUUAUUUGUAUAACUGUAUUCAGUGUGCUUGAGUGUUUGCGAGUAUUUAGAUAACUGGUCCUAAAUGCAAAUUUUCAGUACAUUUUCAGUUGAAUCUCCAGUUGUGUGUUUUAUACUUGUGAUUUAAUUAUCAAAGCUGUGUACUUUUGUAUACUGUGGAAACAUGCCUGGGCCUGUGCCUCUGCUCAGGCUGCCCAUUUGUUUUUACUGGAGAUGAAAGCAUACUUGUUCGACUUUGUUUAGACUUUAUUUCAUUUGUUUUCUAAUUUGAACAUGGUUGCAUUUGUGUUGUUUGAUGUUUUGCAUUCUAUUUAUUGUGUGUUUUCAUGGACCUUACAGGCUGUGCGAUUUGCGUUCAAGUGACGUUUUUUUUUCAUAAAAUAAAAUGAAAUUAUUUUACUACA